GCCUUUCGUGAAGGAUCUAGGAAAUCAUCAAGAGUUAAGGGCUCAGCUCCAGAGAUUGAUCCUUCAUCUGAUGGUUCAAAUUUUGGAUGGGAGACAAAAAUCAAAGCAUGGAUGGAUCGAUAUGAAGAGGCAAAUAAUAACCAAUAUAGUGAGGGUGUUCAGAGGGAGGCACAAAGAAUAGCUCUGAGACUGGGCAACGGAAAUGACAAAAAAGAGAUAAAUAAAUCAGAUUUGAAUACCAAUAAUUUGAUCUUCAAACCUCCUGUAGAGAGCCAUAUACAAAAAAAUAAGAAAAUUCUGAAAUCUGCAAAAGAUUUGCCUCCUGAUGCACUUAUCAUUGAAUACAGAGGGAAGUUUAUGUUAAGAGAACAGUUUGAAGCAAAUGGAUAUUUCUUUAAGAGACCAUACCCUUUUGUUUUAUUCUAUUCUAAAUUUCAUGGUCUAGAAAUGUGUGUUGAUGCAAGGACUUUUGGGAAUGAAGCUCGGUUCAUUAGGCGUUCCUGUACUCCGAAUGCAGAGGUGAGGCAUGAAAUUGAGGAUGGAACCAUACAUCUUUACAUUUAUUCUGUACAAAGUAUUCCAAAGGGAACUGAAAUUACUAUUGCCUUUGAUUUUGACUAUGGGAAUUGUAAGUACAAGGUGGAUUGUGCAUGCCUCAAAGAAAAUCCAGAGUGCCCUGUUCUGAAACGUAGUUCUGAAUCCACGGAAAACAUCAAUAGUGGUUAUGAGACCAGAAGGAAGAAAGGAAAAAAAGAAAAGGAUAUUUCAAAAGAAAAAGAUACACAAAAUCAGAAUAUUACUUUGGAUUGUGAAGGGACAGUGAACAAAAUGAAGAGCCCAGAAACUAAACAGAGAAAGCUUUCUCCUCUGAGACUGUCGGUAUCAAAUAAUCAGGAACCAGAUUUUAUUGAUGAUAUAGAAGAAAAAACUCCCAUUAGCAAUGAAGUAGAAAUGGAGUCAGAGGAACAGAUUGCAGAAAGGAGAAGGAAGAUGACAAGAGAAGAAAGGAAAAUGGAAGCAAUUCUGCAAGCUUUUGCCAGACUUGAAAAAAGAGAGAAAAGAAGAGAACAAGCUUUGGAAAGGAUCAGCACUGCCAAAACUGAAGUUAAAACUGAAUGUAAAGAUGCACAGAUUGUCACUGACGCUGAAGUUAUUCAGGAACAAGCAAAAGAAGAAACUGCUAGCAAGCCAACUCCUGCCAAAGUAAAUAGAACUAAACAGAGAAAAAGUUUUUCUCGGAGUAGGACUCACAUCGGACAGCAGCGUCGGAGACACAGAACCGUCAGCAUGUGUUCAGAUAUCCAGCCGUCUUCUCCUGAUAUAGAAGUUACUUCACAACAAAAUGAUACUGAAAAUACUGUACUUGCAAUAGAACCAGAAAGUGAAACUGCACUAACAGAAAUAAUUACUGAAACUGAAGUUCCAGCACUUAAUAAAUGUCCAACAAAGUAUCCCAAAACAAAAAAGCACUUGGUCAAUGAAUGGUUAAGUGAGAAGAAUGAGAAGACGGGAAAACCUUCAGACACCCUUUCAGAAAAGCCUCUGCGCAUAACUACAGAUCCUGAAGUGUUAGCUACACAGCUCAAUUCUUUACCGGGUCUCACUUAUAGUCCGCACGUAUACUCUACUCCUAAGCACUACAUUAGAUUCACUUCACCAUUCCUUUCAGAAAAAAGGAGAAGAAAAGAACCUCCUGAAAACAUUUCUGGCUCGUGCAAGAAGCGGUGGUUGAAACAAGCUCUGGAAGAAGAAAACUCAGCAAUUUUACACAGAUUUAAUUCACCCUGUCAAGAAAGAUCCAGAAGUCCUACAGUCAAUGGUGAAAAUAGAAGUCCACUACUAUUAAAUGACAGCUGUUCUCUUCCAGAUUUAACUACACCACUAAAAAAACGAAGACUCUAUCAGUUACUAGAUUCUGCUUACUCAGAAACCUCCACACCUACUCCUUCACCAUAUGCUACCCCAACUCACACAGAUAUUACUCCUACGGAUCCAUCAUUUGCCACUCCUCCACGGGCAAAGUCAGACGACGAAGCUUGUAGAAAUGGUUAUAAGCCCAUUUAUUCACCAGUUACCCCAGUAACUCCUGGCACACCGGGAAAUACCAUGCACUUUGAGAAUAUUUCUUCCCCAGAAAGUUCUCCAGAAAUUAAGAGACGCACUUAUAGUCAAGAGGGCUUUGACAGAUCUUCAACCAUGUUAACAUUGGGGCCUUUUAGAAAUUCUAAUUUAACUGAACUCGGUCUGCAAGAAAUAAAGACUAUUGGUUAUACCAGCCCUAGGAGUAGGACUGAAGUCAGUAGGCAGUGCCCUGGAGAAAAGGAAUCUGUGUCAGACCUUCAACCGGGACUCGAUACAGUCGAGCAAGCUGCCUUACAUAAAACCAUGGAAACACCUGCACAUGAUAGGACUGAGUCUAACAGCCAACUGGAAUCUGCUCACUCUGGACGGGGCCCAAUAUAUUCUUCCUGGGUAAAGAGUCCUGACAGAACAGGAGUUAACUUCUCAGUAAACUCCAACUUGAGGGACCUGACACCCUCACAUCAGUUGGAGGUUGGAGGAGGCUUCCGAAUAAGUGAGUCAAAGUGCCUGAUGCAGGAUGAUACUAGAGGCAUGUUUAUGGAAACACCUGUGUUUUGUACUUCAGAAGAUGGGCUUGUAUCUGGUUUUGGACGGACUAUUAAUGACAAUUUGAUCGACGGAAGUUGCACACCCCAGAAUCCACCACAAAAGAAAAAGGUUUCUCUAUUAGAAUACCGGAAAAGACAACGUGAGGCUAGGAAAAGUGGCUCUAAGGCAGAACACUUUCCACUGGUUCAUGUAUCACCUCACACAAGUGGAAACUUGAGCAGCAACAAUGCUGACGGGUGUGCCAACGGGAAUGAAAAUGGGGAGCAGGUAGAAAGCACUGCUAGCCUACCUUUACCAACACCAGCUACAGUUUAUAAUGCUACUUUGGAAGAAACCAGCAAUAACUGUCCUGUCAAGGAAGCUUCUGCCAGUGAAAAGAAUGAACCAGAAGUCCAAUGGACCGCCUCAACUUCAGUGGAGCAAGUGCGAGAGAGGAGUUAUCAGAGAGCUUUACUACUCAGUGAUCACCGAAAAGAUAAAGAUAGUGGGGGAGAGUCACCAUGUGUCCCAUGUUCACCGAUUCAUGUUCCGUCUUCACCUUCAUCUCAUUCAAAUCACAUUCCCCAGUUGCAACCCAAGGGCCCAGUCCCUUCUUUCAGUGAACUUAUGGAAGAUCCUGAUCCUGAAAAUCCAGAACCCACGACUACAAGUGAAUGUGCAUCCCCAGAUACUUCCCAAAAUACUUGUAAAAGCCCUUCAAAAAUGAGCAAGCCUGGUUCACCGGGACCUGUAAUUCCUGCCCAGCCACAUGGGAAAAUACUCACAAAACCAGAUUCCCACUGGGAGGGAGCAGUUACUGUGUCAGAAGCUGAGAACGGUGUCCACCUGAAAACAGAACUCCAUCAAAAACAGCUGUCAAGUAACACCCAAGCACUUUCGAAGAAUCAUCCUCCACAGCCACUUGUUCGCAGUUCAUCUGAGCAACUUUCACAGAAGCUGCCUUCCGCGCCCGUGAAGUUGCACUGUCCUCCAUCACCUCACGUAGAAAAUCCUCCAAAGUCGUCGACGCCUCAGACGCCUGUACAACACGGUUAUCUUUCACCAAAGCCUCCUUCACAGCAGUUAGGCUCUCCCUACAGGCCUCACCACUCACAGUCACCUCAAGUUGGAACACCUCAGCGAGAGCCUCAAAGAAAUUUUUACCCAGCAGCACAGAACCUUCAAGCAAGUACGCAGCAGGCCCCUUCUGGAGCGCUGUUCACGCAGACGCCCUCAGGACAGCCCCCGGCAGCGCUCAGUCAGCAGUUUGAGUAAGUGAUACUUGGAUCCAGCUCAAAAUUCAAAAGGUAUGACCCACCACCAUCCCCAAGCCAUUCAGUUCCUUCUUUGGAGGCACCCAGUGUUGUGUGCGUGUGUCCUUCUAGAGUGAGUUUAGGCUUAAAUGAGCAAAUGCACGCACCCCUCCCUCAUUUUACACAAAUAAUUUUUACAGUUUUGCACCUUUCAAAAAGGCAGAACAGUUUGGGGGAUGGGGAAGUAUGUGUGCCCAGUGGCCCGAAAUCACACCUGCAGAGGCCACGAUCACCUUCUCUUCUCAUAGAGUUGGUGCUAUCUGUAGGCUUUUAGAGUUUUGCCAAAAAAAAAGCCCCCCCUCCCCCUCCCGCCCCGCAUCACCAUCCACCGCCCCACCCCUCCACAGGACUCCCAGGUCUGCAAGCACAACACCAGCACGUGGUGAGCUCCGCCCCUCCACCACCCCCUCCGCCGCCGCCUUCCGGUGUUCUGGCUUCCGGGCAUCAUACCCCAUCGGCUCCAGCCUUACACCACCCACCUCAUCAAGGACCUCCACUUUUUCCUUCAACUGCUCAUCCAGCCGUACCACCGUACCCCUCCCAAGCUACUACACAUCACACCACUCUGGGACCGGGACCCCAACACCAGCCUUCUGGAACAGGGCCACAUUGUCCUUUACCAGUCGCAGGUCCUCAUCUCCAGCCCCAAGGACCAAACAGUAUUCCCACACCUACCGCUUCAGGGUUCUGUCCUCAUCCUGGCUCUGUGGCCCUGCCACAUGGGGUUCAAGGACCUCAGCAGGCAUCUCCAGUGCCUGGACAGAUUCCAAUUCACAGAGCACAGGUGCCACCAACAUUUCAGAACAAUUACCAUGGUUCAGGGUGGCAUUAA